AUGGAAGGUCAGUUAACCAAGGUAGAAUGCCAGAAGUCUAAUUAUCAAAUAAUUAAACUAAUCAGACUCUACAACCCCGCAACCAAAAAAUUCAAAUUCAGUGAAGGCAACGAGCAUGAAAUUACAAGCAAUGAUGUGUCUGACAUCUUUGGAUUGCCAAACAAAGGAAACAAGUUGCCAAGCACAACAACUUCCACAAGAACAAAUUUGGCCUUCGAAAAGAAGUACUUCGAGAAGUCAAAAAAAUCACAAAAACUGAGAUUGAUAGGUGUCUGA